CUGUUAGUUGGAAGGAAUAAGAUGUUAAUUUAUUAAUUUUAAUAUUAUUGAGGGAAAAAAAAAUGUACAUGUAAAAACAAGAACAUGAAUUUCUCCUCCCCUUUUGCAGAUUAGCUAGAUUAUUACAUGGACAGUUAGCUUGUAUCGAAAUUUGCUAACGAACGUACGUUGUUUCGAAAAUUUUCUAUCGUGUUUGAUCCUUCGACGAUGUCAAUGAAGAUGAAGGGACUUCUCAAAGGUCUUAGAUACAUUUCAACAAUUUUUGAUGAAGAACAAGAGCCAGAAAUGCAAAUUGGGUUUCCAACUGAUGUAAAGCAUGUUGCUCAUAUUGGUUGGGAUGGUCCAACUGCGAAUUCGCCGAGCUGGAUUAAUCAAUUCAAAGACGGAGAAGGAGGAGGAGGAGCUUUGAAUGUUGAUCAACAAAAUGGACCUAGAACACGGGGUCUAGUCCAAGAAAAACGAUUCUCUACAAGUUCGGAUUCACCCAUUGAGUCUCCCUCUCGAAAGAAGUCCGACAAGCCUAGGGGAUCGAGGCGUGCUAACUCGACUCCCUCUGCUGCUGUCGAAUCCCCCAGAAGGUCGUUAACAAAGCAGCAGUCGCCUCAGCAGCAGUCGCCUCAGCAGCAGCAACAACAACAGCAACAACAGCAGCAGCAGGUCCUCCGAACAGCAGAAGGUGAGUCAACCUCAGUGAGCCAAAAAACCUCCUCACGCCGGAAAAAGACCAAGACUAGCUCAUCUCGAACAUCAACCAAGUCCAAGUCUGCAGCCCCACCAGUCGUCGAGUUUUCACACUUCUCGGACCCUGGUGUAGGAGGAGGAAACAGCAGCAGAAACACUGCUACUGCAGGAGGCAGUGCAGAUCAUACACCACCACGUCGAUCGAAAGGCAAAGAUACAUGCCAAGGUUCACUUAUGAAAGCAACAGAGCAAGAAGAUCAGAAGGCAUUGGAUGAUAUUUCUAGAGGAAUUCAUGCAAUGUAAAAAUAGUCUCAUCAUCAUGUGUAAUGUAUAUUUUUCUGUACACAUUUUAUCUUUUUACCUCCCCUUUUUUUGGCAAACUUUGGUUUAGUUGCAACAGAUUGAUAGUUGUAGUCUUUGAUUGGAAGUAAAUAGAACAAAAAAAAAUCUUCUUAGCCAAGUUGUAUUCUUCGCUUAUAGCAUGUAAAACCCGAAUUUUCAGCUAGCAAUAGUGUUACUUAAUUCGCAGUGUGCUUUUAAUACCCUAAUGGAUACGGU